AAUUUUUCGCUUUUUCUAUUACUUUUGGAUGACCCUGUAGGUUUAUCAUGCAAGCAAGUAUUUUGUUUACCGCACUUUAAACAAUGCCCAAUUUUUUUUUUAAGUAAAAUUAAUUUUGUUAUUUCAGCACUCUUCCCCUUCCUGUCGAAGAGGCUUGCUGCAUCUUCAACGAAAGAUCAGGAUGUCGACGCCGCCGCCGCUGCAAUGUUGGCUCUGCAGAAUGUCCCCAGUAUCCUGCCUCCUCUGAGUGAUGAGGAAGACGACGAAGAGGAAGAUGAUGGCUACCGGGACUCCCCUCCAAGCCCCGUCGUGUUCACCAAGAAGGACCUCAGGCUACGCAAUCGCAGCGGCGAGGUGACACAGACCCCGGGCGGUGCCAAUGCAACAGUGAUCACGAGCAGCCCCAGCGAGGAUCAUACUUACAGUGCCUCGCUCUCGAAUGGCCUCGGUGGAGAUUCGGCCAACACCUUGUAUCACAUCGCCAUUUCACCGGUUCGAAGCUUGGGGUCAUCACCGGUGAAGAAGGAGCCAGAAGAGCACGACGACAAUCUCCAGGAGGAGAACAGCAACGGCAGCAUCGGUUCCAGCAGCGGAGGAGGACUUGGCAGGCUUCCGCUGUCGUCAGUGCCUCCACGCAAGCGGAGGGCUGCCCUGGCUGCGGCAGCAGCGCUCCCGCGCAAGUCAAAACGUCAAGCAAGUGUGGCUUCCGCGCGCAGCCGGAGUGGCGGCGGUGGCGGCUCCGCCGUGGUUUCCUGUGCUUCCUCUUCAUCCGCGAUGAACAGCAGCAGCCACAGCAGUAACGACGUCGAAGACAUGGCGGAAGGCGCGGCACACGCGCUUCUCAACCUGGCAAAAGUGGCGACCAGCCAGCAGCAACUGAUGCUGCAAAGCAAGAGUUCUUCUCUAGUGGGGGGUGUACGGAACGGCGGUGAGAGGCUGCAAUGAACAACCUGUGGAUGUGACGACUUGACUUUUGAGCUGUUCGCCAUCCGGAGCAAAGAAGGGGAAGAGAGGAUAUAGAGCUGGUUUUUUUAUCGUCGUGGCACGGUGGCGGCAAGACGAAUUUCCGAGACGGUGUUACGUGUUACACUCGGACGCCGCGGUGGCGGGGAUGCCUUUCGGCAUGAGGACACACGCCGGUGCACGCCGCUUGUUGGCUUGUUGUUGUUCUCUUUACGAGGUGAUUUUAGCCUUUUUUUUUUUUUCUUUUUUUUUUUUUCUCGUCGGCAUUCAGAGCACGGGUCUUCUAACGUGCAUUUCUUAGUGAGGCUGCACACAGUACUUUGCAAAGAGCAAGAGCGCUGGACUCUUACCAAUUGGCUUCUUUCUUGUCAAGCUAGCGACGUAGCACGAAAGUGUUGCUUGUUAAAAGGAAGUAAAUGUCGAUUUGUAAUGCUCAGCUUGGUGGAAGGAUUGAACGUGCAGCGACUAAUGCUGAGGCAAUAGCAGCAGGCACUUAGCAGGUAGCAAUACAAGUACUGCUUGAGGAGCAUCAUGAAUCUUAUUGGCUGUCUCCUUCUUUGGCAAACAUGAGGCAAGACUGGCCAUUUGUGCGGGUCAGCGUACGAAUCCGUGUUUUACUUACUAGUGAACGGUUGACUGCAUCAAGAUUUCUCUUUGCAUUUCUCUUUCGCUGAUCUAUUUUAAUUUCUCUGUGCUGGCGUGACGACCUCUUGUAAAGUUGUGGUUUCUUGUGGAGUUUCGGACACUGGAACGAGACCCAUUUUGCAUUGGCGGUACGUUUUGUUCGGGGUUUUGUUGUGAGUGUUUCGGGUUCUUUUUAAACCUUUCGUCUUAAGGUGGCUUCACAGGUAGCAGCUGCUGUUA